AAAUAAUAAUAAUAAAUAAAAGCAAAGCUGCCUAUGGCUCAAUCUCUCUUUUUUGACAUUUGUCCUUAAGAAAUGAAAUUUAUUAGAAUCUCAUAAAGAUGAUCACAUCUUCAUGCUGAUUGCACCACUAUGCACAGCAAGUAGCCAAGAAAUGCAUUACCAUACUACCUAGAAGGCAAAUCUUGACAUUCCUUUGUAUGUGAGUUUCAUUCAAAGUCUUAAGAGUUUGACACAACUGAGACUCGGCAAGAUGGAUACAACUGCAACUCCCAAUCUUCCUCAAUUGUUUUUUCUUAAUCAAGUAAAUAGUAGCUCAUGGGUGGACUUUGUAAGGAUGGUAUUCUUGAAUGAUUCUCAGGCCCUCCCUGGAGUUAUUCUGGUAGUGUCUUUGAUCAGUGCAAUUGGAGCAUUCUUGAACCUAUACUUAAAAGACUUUCCAGUUCCUCUUCCUGUGGUAUUAUUUUUAAUUGGAUGCAGUUUUGAAAUCCUAAGUUUUACAUCUGAUGAGGUCCGGAAAUAUGUAGAUGCCAUACAAUGGAUGAAUCCAGAAUUAUUUUUUGGUAUGUUUACACCAGUAAUUAUAUUUAAUGUUGCAUUUGACAUGGAUAUUUAUAUGCUCCAGAAGUUGUUGUGGCAGAUACUUUUAAUUACAAUUCCUGGAUUUCUGAUGAAUUAUCUCUUAGUUCUUUGGUAUCUGUCAUCUAUAAAUAACUUAUUUUUGAAAACCAUUCCAUGGUUAUUAUUCACAACAAUCCUUGUGAGUUCAGAUCCCAUGCUGACUACAAAUAUUAUAAAAGAAUUCGGUAUUUCUAGGACCCUUGCCAAUUUAAUUAGUGGAGAAAGUCUGAUGACCUCUAUAGUGUCCUUUAUUGUGUUUUCCACUAUCAUAGAUGUGAACACUAACAUUCACACAAAUAUGAACCAGUCCUUAGCCUUUAACAUCUUCAGUAGCACUUGUCGAUACUGUAUAGCAAGUUUCUUCAUUGGAAUUAUAAGCUCAAGACUGAUGCAGUUGUGGAUCUCUAAUAUUUUUGAAGAUGAUGUCAAUCAUAUAAGUCUCACCUUUUCAGUGCUGUAUCUUAUCUUUUAUAUUAGUGAACUAAUUAAAACAUCUGGAAUAUUUGCACUGGCCAUUAUGGGACUUUCUUUAAAUUCUAUAAGUUUUAAACCAGGACUUGAAACACUGAUUGUCAAAUUCUGGAAUUGUGUAUCAUUUGUUGCUUUUCUUAUGGUGUUCACAUUCAUCGGACUUCUAAUUCCUGCACAUACAUAUUUAUAUAUUACCUUUUCUGACAUAUAUUAUGCUAUAAAUAUCUACUUCACACUUAUUGUUUUGAGGCUUCUGGUUUUGCUGUUAUUGAGUCCUCUUUUGUCUCGAUUUGGUCAUGGCUUCAGUUGGCGCUGGGCCUUCGUAAUGGUCUGGAGCGAGAUGAAAGGAACACCUAACAUAAACUUGGCUCUUCUGCUUGCAUAUUCGGACAUUUCUCUUGGCACUGAAAGGGAAAAAUCUCAAAUAUUAUUUCAUGGAAUGUUAGUAUGUUUGAUUAAUCUGAUUGUUGGUAGAUUUAUUUUACCAGUGGCAGUUAACAAAUUUGGUUUUCGUAAUGUCAGAUCAACAAAAUACAAAUCACUUUAUUAUACAUUUCAACAUUUUCAAGAGCUAACCAAAUCUACUGUCUCUGCACUCAAAUUUGACAAAGAUCUUGCUAAUGCAGAUUGGAACAUUGUUGAGAAAGCAAUUAUACUUCAAAACCCAUAUGUGUUGACUCAAGAAGACCUAACAGAACACCAGAAGGUAAAAUGCCCAGACUGUAACAAGGAAAUAGAUGGGUCCCUUAACAUAGAGGCAAUGGAGCUGGCCAACAGGCGUAUUUUAUCAGCACAAAUAGCAAGCUACCAGAGACAAUAUAGGGAUGAGAUUCUAUGUCAGAGUGCUGUCCAGGUGCUGGUAGGUGCAGCAGGAAGUUUUGGUGAGAAGGGAGAGUAUAUGAGUCCAAAAACAAUAAAGGAUUACUAUGAGCACAAAAAACUUCUUGGCUUCAUUAGAAGAGCAUUGCUCAAUUGGGUGUACAAUACAAAAAAGGACAAAGGAGUUCCAUCAAGAUAUUUCAUUCUUCGUAUAUGCCACAAAAUUGUAUUUACUGAAGAAUUUGAGUAUAUUGGCUACCUCAUGACACUAAUGAAUAUGUUUCCUAUAUUAAUUUCCUGGAUAUUCAGCUUAAAUGAAAUUUAUAUAGUGGAAUUGGUGUAUUGUAACUACUCUUUUCUUAUGAUUUAUAUCCUGGAGUCCCUACUUAAGGUAGCAGCAAUGAGAAAGGAAUAUUUUGCAUAUGCAUGGAACAUGUUUGAGUUAGUAAUUACAUUAUUUGACAUCAUGGAUAUAACUUUUAAUGAAAUUCACAUCUUUAGUGGUACUUCUAACUUAAUUCAGUCAUUAUUUAUAAAAACAAUGCGGUCUCUUCGCAUACUACGGAUUUUGAAGCUCAUAACACCAAAGUUGCUGCAAAUAACAGAUAAAAAGAUGAGUCAUCAGCUGUCCACUAAGUAUGCUAUACUUAAAGGAUAUGUUCAAGGUGAAUUAGACAUAAUAACUAUAAUUGAUAAGAUUGCAAGUUCUAAAGAGAUUAAACAGGUAUUACUAAGGAGAGUGACAGGGAAUACAGUUAAAGCUAUGAAAGAACUAGGCUACUUAGAGUAUGAUCAUCCAGAAAUCGCUGUCACUAUGAAAACAAAGGAGCAGAUUAAUGCUAUGCUCAGUUUAGCCCGGGAAAUUGUUAAGUCUUUCAGGUUAAAAGGAAAUAUUCAUAAACUUGAGUACUCUGGCAUUAUUAAGUUAAUAACAACCAAAAAGAGAGAGCUACUUGAAUUCCAACAAACUAUCAAGCCUCUUACUGGUAGAGAAAUACUGUGUCACAUUCCGUGGCUAGACAAAGAUCUUGAAGGAAUCCAGUUUAUCGAGGGGGUAUCCAGAACUGUAACAUUUGAUUGUGGAAAUGAUAUCUUUAUAGAAGGUGAUAAGCCCAAAGGAAUUUAUGUUAUUAUUUCAGGAAUGGUGCAGCUUAAAAGGUCAAAGCCAGGUUUGGGGAUUGACCAAACAUUCUGUGAGUCAGAGGACAAAGAUGAUGAAAUAAUUUACACAGACUAUGUGAUCCAUGGUGGAAUAAUAGGAGAGUUAAACUGUUUAACGAAUGAACCAAUGAAAUAUUCUGCUACCUGCAAAACUGUAGUAGAGACAUGUUUUAUUCCCAAAAGUAAUUUGUAUGAAUUUUUUGAACAAUGCCCUAAUGACAUUGAAUAUAAAAUGUGGCUAAAACUAGGACUUUCUAUUACUGCCAGGAAAAUUAAGGAACGUUUAUCAUACAAGGACUGGAACUAUAAGAUGCAGUUAAAGCUCUGUAAUGGUUUUAUAAAAGACGUACCAAUGAACACCAAAACUGAUAUCUAUGAUGAAACUGUAAUUUAUGUCAUACUCAUACAUGGAGCUGUAGAAGAUUGUCAGUUACGAAAAGCUUAUAAGACCCCUUCCUUAAUUCCUAUAACAUGCCAUCAGAUACAAGGCAUUGAGGAUUUGACAAAGAUAAUGGUUAUUAAAACGUCAAUAGAUAUACAAAAAUUCAAAUGGGACCACAGAAAAUUUGUAAGUUCACGUAGAAGAGCUACAAGAAAUGAAGAUUUGAGUUUAAGUUCAUGAGUAUUGAAAGCUUACUUUCCAUGUAUUCAAUAUAUAUGUAUAUAGAUGGAGAGUUGUAUACAGUCUAAAACUUCUGUAUUUGUCAUCUAGUAUAUGGCCUUUAACUGCUGUAUUCUAUAUCUAAUGUAUGAAAUAAAGUUCAGAACAUAUAGGAAACUA